GCGUGCUGGACCGGGAGCUCAUCGGAGCUAAUGAAGCCGAAUGAUGCAGUGACAGCGCAUUUAUCAACAACUUGUGACAGCAUCGAUCUGUGCGCCUGCCACGGACACAUCUCCUUCAACCCCAAAGGGCCCCGGCAGCUGCUCCUUCUGUGACCGACCCCUUCUGAAAAGGGCGCUCACCGCUCUCCAAUUAGCAGCGUCUCUCAGACGGGCUUGUUAAAGGACGACAAUCCCGCCAGGGCCUAGCUUCAACCGUGGCAGCGAGACCCUAACUGCGCCCUCGCAGGCAGCUCUUCGUCCCUGGAGUUUACGCUCUAAUGUAUCCCUCCGCCUCUCUCUCUUCGGAGCCGGAUCUUUAGUCUGUCAUCACAGGAGGAGGGGGGGGGGGCUACGUUCAGGCAGCGGAAGGGUUAACAAGAGGAAAAUUAGUGCCGGCUCCGCGACUCUGAAACAGCGGAGGGAUCCACAGUUUGGAGCUAACGUGGUGCUGAGGCUCGACGAGAGCGGAAAAAAUGUCUGCCUGAGGGAGAGCUGUAAGUUCCUAUCGGCUGAAAGCAGGAGCUGUCCGUACUGCCAAAGCAGUUUAAAGCCGCACAAAGCAGGAGCCCAGUGAGAGUCUUCCGCCGGGGACGGGGUACGGCCGCCGCCAAAGCAGCAGGGAGGAGGCUGGAGCGGGACUCGCCGAAACUUCAGUCCAAUUGUUGGAUGUUUAAACGGAAAAAAGGAGCUGACCUGAGUGGCUGGAGAUGAAUCCUCAGCAGCGGAUGGCCGCUAUAGGCACAGACAAGGAGCUGAGUGACCUCCUGGAUUUCAGUGCGAUGUUUUCCCCACCUGUCAAUAGUGGGAAAACCAGACCGACUACACUAGGAAGCAGUCAGUUCAGUGGAUCUGGUAUAGAUGAAAGAUCUGGUACUUCAUCAUGGGGAACCAGCAGUCAGAUGAGCCCAUCUUACGAAUCUUCAAGGGGUUUUGCGGACAGCCCUCAUUACAGUGAGCACUUGAAUGACAGUCGAUUAGGGCCCCAUGAAGGAUUGUCCCCGACACCUUUCAUGAACUCAAAUUUGAUGGGGAAAACCGCAGACAGAGGUCCUUUUCCACUCUAUGGCCGAGAUUCUGCAGUGCCUGGUUGUCAA